AACACGUCCUGUGCCUUGUACAGGACGGUUUAAAGCGUCCUUGGAAGUUUCUGUGCCUUGUACAGGACGGUAGUAAUGACGUGUUGACUAACACGUCCUGUGCCUUGUACAGGACGGUUUAAAGCGUCCUUGGAAGUUUCUGUGCCUUGUACUGGAUGGUAGCCAUGACGUGUUGGCUAACAUUUGUUUUACUUCUGGAGAGCCAGCGUUGUUAUGUAACACACACAAACCCAGCGAAAGAUAGUUAGCACCUGUGGAAAAGUGGUCGAAAUGGCUGCUGUUCUUCUCUUGGCGUUUGUGGGGUGUUUCUUUGGACAUGGGGCGGCACAAGACACCGCCAAACCGCAUAUACUGCUCAUCGUGGCCGACGACCUAGGAUGGAGUGACGUCAGUUGGAACAACCCGAAUGUGGUGAUGCCGAAUCUGCACACCUUGGCAACUACUGGUGUCAUUUUCAACCAGACAUAUUGUCAGCGACUCUGUACACCCUCCAGGACUGCCCUUCUGACCGGAAAAUUUCCUUAUCGCCUAGGAAUGCAGAGACCUAUACGUCAUAAGAAAGCCCAUGGUCUUCCCUUGGACGAAGAACUCCUCCCACAAAAGCUGAAGAAACUGGGAUACGCAACACACAUGAUUGGAAAAUGGCAUCUUGGUUCCUGUAAGUGGGAAUACACACCUACAGAACGCGGCUUCGAUUCCUUCUAUGGUUACCACCACGGAGGAGAGGACGUCGACUACUAUACACAUAUGUCAGACGGUGGCCUGGACUUUUGGGAGGGUAAGACUGCGAUCAGCGACCAAAAUGGCGUUUAUUCAACGGAAUCAUUUGCCACACGUGCUGAAAACAUCAUCAGUCAACACGACCCCAACACUCCACUCUUCCUCUACCUGCCGUUACAGCCUGUGCAUACUCCUCACCAGGUUCCUUCUAGCUACCUGCAGACCUUCUCGACCAUCCAAGACCACAACAGGAAGUCCAUUUUGGGCAUGGUGGCCGCCCUGGACGACGCCAUCAAGCGGGUCACGGACGCACUGCAGGGCAAAGGAUUGUGGAACAACACACUCACCAUUUUCAUGUCGGACAACGGGGGAGAUUACCUCGAUGGACAAAGUAACUGGCCUCUCCGUGGCGCAAAGGGGACAGUGUGGGAGGGAGGGACCCGUGUGCCCGCCUUCGCACACGGCAACAUGCUGGAGAGGACAGGAUACACCUAUCACGGAAUGAUGCACGGUGUGGACAUCCUCCCCACUCUCGUGUCGGUGGCAGGCGGAACUGAGGACGCUGGGCUUGACGGAAAGAACAUGUGGCAGAGUAUCUCUACUGGUGCCGAAUCACCGAGAACUGAGUUUGUGUAUGACAUAGACAGUAGGCAAGACCGUUACGGUAUCAGGGUUGGGGACUACAAACUGAUAGAAGGGACCCCGGCUUCCAAAAACGACUGGUUUGCCCCCGCUGAGAUGCAACAACUGGGCACCCUUACCGAGGAAGCCGAUAAUCAUGACACCGGACUUUUUCUCUUCAACAUUAGAGAGGACCCACUCGAGAAGUCGAACCUGUACGAUGCGGCUGAGUAUGCCCCCAUACAGAGGGCCAUGCGCCACCGCCUGAACGAGCUCAAGCCGGACGAAGUGCCGUUCCCGGACCUUGCUGAUGACCCGGCCGCUGACCCGUCCAACUAUGGCGACGUGUGGAUGCCAGGAUGGUGUUAAGACCCAUCACAUGGUGUUAGGGUUCAUUACAAGUCCGUGGCGUAACCGCCAUGUCACAUCACGUGGCACAGCGUCACAACACGUCACAGGUGUUCCGAAAAAUUAUUUUUAAAUUUCCUCCAUUGCUUCCUUCGGCCAUGGAAUGAAGAAGAAUGAAAAAUG